AGCAGAUUAUCGGCUGACGUGCAUUCUGUGUUUACGUCCGAUGCAUUCGUAAACAAAACAAAUAGAAAGCUGUCAGCAAUUGUAUUUACAUCAAAUGACAACCAUGUCAUCAUGCGCUUCAAAAUUUUCUUUGGACCUCUUGCAACAUGUCGUUUCUCAAAAUCCCCAUGGCAACCUGUUCAUGUCGCCGAGCAGCAUUUCCGUUGUCAUGACGAUGGUUCAAACUGGAGCAAGAAAUGAAACCAGAAACCAAAUGAUUUCUACUCUUCAAUUUCAAUCCAAUGAUCAACUGUUGAUACAUGCUGAUGCUGAGCAAUUUGUUAAGGUUUUGAAUAAAGGGAGCGAUCAUGUCAUACUGAGAAGCGCUAACAGACUCUAUCCGAACAGUGAUAAAGGCAUUUUGGAAGAUUAUAUUAAAGCUGUAGUCAAACAUUUUGCCUCGGAUGUCAAAAAUGUGGACUUUAAAUUAAACCCAGAAGGAAGCAGACAAGAAAUAAACAAAUGGGUAGAGGAAGUCACAAACGAAAAGAUCAAAAACCUUCUACCAAGCGGAUCUAUCAAUUCACUCACCAGAAUGGUAAUUGCAAAUGCCAUCUAUUUCAAAGGAAACUGGGCGAUACAGUUUGAGCCAAAGAGUACAACACAAUCUGAUUUUCAUACAUUGGACGGAAAAUCUUUGAAGAUAGACAUGAUGAAACGAGAAAUGAAGAAAGUGCGAUAUGGCGAGAAUACAGCUUUGGAUUGUAAGGUUUUACAUCUGCCUUAUAUUGGGGAUGAAAUGGCUAUGGUAGUUCUACUUCCAAACACCGUCACUGGGUUGCUGGAAAUGGAGAAAAGGAUAAACGUCAAAAAAAUAAACCAAUGUAUCGAAGAUGUUAACUCACCAACUGUCAAAGUUUCUGUUCCGAAAUUCAAGCUCGAGAGUUCACUCCAGCUUUCAGAUACAUUAUCUGCUCUAGGAAUGCCUGAUGUGUUCGAUGCAAACAAAAGUGACCUCUCUGGAAUGGGGAAGGAUUUGUUUGUUUCUGAAGUGUUCCACAAGGCGUUUGUUGAUGUCAACGAAGAAGGUACAGAGGCUGCAGCUGCAACUGCUGGGACAAUUGUGUUUUUUAGUGCACCGCCUCCUCCAAAGAUAUUCACAGCUGAUCACCCGUUCAUGUUUAUGAUCUGGCUCUACCCCCUAAAGGCGCCACUUUUUGUUGGUCGUUAUACUGGAUCAACAUUGGAAGCUGCUCAGUCUCGAGACAAACUCUAGAUUGCACGGUUUCAGCAAAGAAACUUCGCGGAAAAAAUAUCAGCAGUCUCCGAAUGUCAAGAAUCGUUAAGUUAAUAUACCUUUUCCUUCGGCUGUUUAAAAUAGAUUGUGUAAUGAAAACAUGAGAGACAACUUGGUGAUAAUGUUUGUUGAUAUUAUAUCUUUACCAAGUUCGAUAACCACCCAGAUCACUUAAAGACUGUCGGAAUAAUUGCCCUUCAUAUAUAUAUAAGACCAAGUUAACAUUGCCCAUUUAAUAACUCAAACAGUUAAAUCGGAUAAUCAUUUCACUUAGUGACAAUAUUUAUUGGCAAACUAUCUCUGCAGUUUUUAUAACCAGCAAUAUCGCUUGAAGCAUUUGUGAAUUGUCGUUGAAUUAAAAAAGGCUCAAUACGUCUUUGUUGGAUAUUCAUGAAUAUUUGUGAAACAAAUUUGUGAGCAUAUAAACUUGGACAAGUUUGAUGAACAGCUAGAUCAUAUAAAGCACUUUUGAUUAACGAUAUAUUAAUAAUAAAUAUCAAUCACAUUA